AUGACCAAAGCCCCUUUUCCUACAGGAAAUGAGAAGCGGUCAAGUCGCCCUUUGGAGCUCGUGCACAGCGACAUCAUGGACCUGGGUGACGCCCACCCCUCACUUCGCUACGUCCUGACGCUCAAGGAUGACUUUACCAACUACUUGUGGGUGGCGCCGCUAGUUCGCCGAUCUGACAUGCAAGCUGUCUUCACGGCAUGGCACCGCGAAAUGAAGACUAAGCUGCCUACAAAGCCGCUGGCUACCCUGCGCACGGACAACGGGGGGGAGUAUACAGCAAACGCCUUCACAGAAUAUUUGAGUUCCCACGGCGUCAUCCACGAAACGUCGUUACCGCACACCCCUCAGCAGAAUGGAGUCGCGGAACGGGUUAACCGCACACUCAUGGACAAAGUGCGGACCAUGACUACCGGGGCCAGCCUCUCCUCCACCUUCUGGCCGUACGCGCUUGAGUACGCUACAUGGUUACACAACCGCAUCAGCUGCAGCAGCAACCCAUCUGCGCACUCACCGUACUAUGUGAUGACGGGGAAACCUGCGGACGUGUCCAUGGCACGAACCUUUGGCUGCCUCUGCUAUUACCUUCCUCCACAAGGCAGCUUUGGCAAGUUUGAGCAGAGAGGCCGAGCUGGCAUGUUCCUCGGCAUCUCCAACGUUCGGAAAGCGUGGAUCGUGCGGGACAUGGCAAGUGACGUGGACACGGACACUCGGUCUGCUCGCUUCUUUGAUGACCUCAUGUUGCCGGACGCAGAAUCUCUCCUCGAACGUCAACGCUAUGUCGAUGAAGUCUCACCCCACGUUGCGGAGUGGACUUCAGGGGGAGAAGAAAUUGAGCAUGAGUUCGAUCCUUUUCCGUCCUCCCCAUCCUCUUCCGCGUCAUCAACCGAUAUGCCAACUGGACACCAAGUAUGCAGUACCCCUGCUGGAGGAAUGGACAAGGACUCACCUGCAGCCGACGCAGCUGAUUCAAGUGGAGCUGCAACCAAUGACAUACCUGCGGCAGGUGUUUCUAUUUCAGAGAACGGGGACGACCAUGGCAUGGAGAACGAGACAUGUCACCUUUAUGACUUUGCCUACCCACCUGAAGGAAUUCCACUGACCGAACAAGGUGCACCACAACGACGAGUUCACUUUGAUCCGACUGUAACUGUGCUCGGAGAAGAAGGGCAAGCUGCGCACCGCAUAACAGGGCUGGACGUGCUACUUGGAAAGCGUCAAGCAGGACAAGUCAUGUGGACUAAGGAAGACAUGCCACAAGGAGUCAACAGCCUUCCCAGCUUACAGCAACACGUGUUGGGAUGUGCAGCUGCGACUGUGCCCAUGGUCGACCUGACCUACAAAGAGCCAAAGUCACUCAAAGAACUGACCACGGAUCCAUACGCACCUUUUUGGCAAGCGGCAGUCAACGCGGAGCUCACCAAAUUUGACGAGCUGGGAGCGUAUGAAGUGGUGGACAGGGCGGACGUACCAAAGGGAGUCCCGGUGUUCACGGAGGGAAUUAUCUUCAGGUCUAAUGAUGAGGAAGGCAUCCAAGCAGUCAUUCAACACUUGAAGGACAACUUCACCUUGACCGUCAACUCGACCAUGACACAAUUUCUGGGUUUGAAUGUUACUACUUCCCGCAACACCAUAUCAUUGGGACUCACCAAGUACAUCAAACAAGCGUUGGCAAACUAUGGGAUGGAGGAGUGCCGCUCUGGAGUACGAACGCCGAUUUCCAAGGAACCUGGACCUCAGGGGGAGUCACCUGAAGAGGUGGACAAUCAGCGGGUGAUGCAGCAGGUUGGGGCGCUGCUAUAUGUCUCUACAGCAGGAAGGCCAGACAUCACCUUUGCCACGCAUGUGCUCGCCAGACAGGCCAGCAAGCCAACGGCAGCAACUGUGCUCGGAAUUCGGCGUGUGUUCAAGUAUCUGCAGAAUACAGCUGAGAUUGGAUUGGUUUAUGGAGAGGGAGACUUGGUGCUUCGUGGAUACACAGACUCUGACUAUGCAAAUGAGGUUGGAUGUCACUCGGUGGGCGGCUAUGUGUUUACGAUGGGGGGAGCUGCUGUCAGCUGGAGGACGAAACGGCAAACGGUCAUCGCUACCUCCACAACAGAAGCUGAGUACAUCGCCAUGUUUGAAGGAGCAAGGGAAGCAGCUCACCUGCGGCGACUGUGUGCCGACCUUGGUUUUCCACAGAGAGAACCCACAGUUCUUUAUGUGGAUAACCAGAGUGCGAUUGCCCUUGGAAAAGGGGAACAAAUGAGUCAGCGCACCAAGCACAUGGAGGUGCGUUACCACUGGACCCGUAAAGCAGUGCGUGAUGGCGUGGUAUGGUUGGAGUACUGUCCAACAACCAAGCAAGCAGCCGAUUACCUUACCAAACCGGUCACCUCCAAGCAGCAUCUCACCUGCAGUGUUCUGAGUGGGCUUCAACCAAUUCCCCCUGGUGUACCAUCUGGAGACAUUCGCCAUGUCAAGAAUGCUGAUGUUGUGCUCACUUGUGCGGCCUCUUCAAGCGGUGCUACACCACAUGGCGUCACCUAA